AGCAACACAAAGCACACAUUUACUGAAACUUGUGAACAGCUAUUAAAUAAUGGCACCACCGAGAAUGAAGCUUCACAAGACGACGGGAAAGUUAAAGACCAUUCCUAAACCCGGCACAAAUCCGCACGAUCCAACGAAUCCAGCACAAUCCGAGUCCGAUCGUCAGUUUGAAAUGGAACUUUACUGGUGCAUUCAACAGCUAGAAUCGUCCCUCUGUCUGCCGCAAGUGCGUGAAAACAGUAAAAAAGUGGAAGACACAACCAAACUCCUUAACACGCUGAAGAGCGGCACGCAGCCGAUCAUUCGCAAACGACAAAUUAUGCGUACCACCUUCGGUGACUACCGCAGCAAAAUGGUCGCUGAGGAGCAGUCGAUGUCCGUCGACCCUGACUGUGUGCGGUUUGAGGAGCUGAAAGAGAAAACGCGUUAUCAUUAUCUUAAAAAGUCUGCCAUUCUCAGCGGGGAGAAAAACUUCCGGUUCAACUUUACGGCCGACGCUGGUAACGACACUGGCGGUGAACUGGUGGAACAAGAAAGUAGCGCUCCAGCGGCAGCGAUCGGUGCGAUUAAAAUUGCCCCAUCGGAUAAUUCUUUUCGCUUCAAUUUCUCGCUCAACCAUGAUUAGGUGGCCAGUUUGAUAGGAAUUAAAACAAAUUAAAAUUGAAAAAAAUGAAAAUUAUGCGAUUAAAGACUUCAAGGGCCAAUUAGUAAUAUAUUUAUCAUUUAAU